GAAAAUAGGUUUGCGCAUGCGUAAAUACGAAGUUAGCGCAUGCUCAGAACACCUUAGUUUAGAAAAAACCGUCCGUUUGUGGGCGUGGUUUGUAUUUGCCGAACCCUCGUGGAUUUGGAGCGAAGGCGGAAGCUUCUGUUAGCUGCAGAGACACGUGGGUGGAAACCGGCUUUUGAAAAAUGGCAAAGGAUAAGAGGAAAAGCACAGGUAAAAAUGAAGGGAAAAUUAAACAGACAGGGAGCAAAUCAGAAGCUGCUCCAGUAAAAAAGCGGAAACUGGAUUCUGAGGUUCCCGGUGGAUCCGACUCAGCAGUAUCUCAGGAAGAAGCCAGUGACAAUCUGGAAGCAUUGGGUCUCACUCCAGAAGAGUGCAGAGUGCUAGAAAGAAAACUAAAGAAAGAACGCAAGAAAGAAGAAAAGAGGUUAAAAAGAGAGAGUGCUAUACAGGAGAAGAAAGAGGAACCUCCAAAACCCACGGGAUGUGAGCUGGCACUGCAGUACCUAAAAAGCUGGUCGAAAAAACAUGAAGAAUGGAAGUUUCAGAAAACCAGGCAAACAUGGCUUCUUCUGCACAUGUAUGAUCCGGAAAAGAUACCUGACAAAUAUUUCAAGAUCCUCUUGGACUACAUAGCUGGGCUGCAAGGCAGGGCCCGGGACACCACUGUGCAGAAAGCCGAGGCAUUAAUGAAGCAGUAUGACAGCUCCGAUGACACUAAAGAGGAAGAUCUUGUUGCAAAGAUGGCCAGGAUCAGAGACGUCCUGCAGAUCUUGUCAUAGGAUUCCAUAUAGUACAUUGCACAGCAGGAACUAUAGGCCUGGAGUGUGCAUAUGGUUUGUGCUAGUGUUUAAAGGGAUACUGUCAUUGGAAAAAAUGUUUUUUUCAAAACACAUCAGUUAAUAGUGCUGAUCCAGCAUAGUUCUGCACUGAAAUCCAUUUCUCAAAAGAGCAAAGAGAUUUUUUUAUAUUUAAUUUUGAAAUCUGACAUGGGGCUAGACAUCAGUUAACCCCCCAGUCAUUACCCAGUCAUUGCUGCUGUACUGCAAGUUAGAGUGAUAUCACCCCUCCCCCCCCCCCCCCCGCAGCCCAUCAGCAAAAUGAGAAGGUAACCAGAUAAAAGCUCCCUAAGACAAGAAAACAGCUGCCUGGUAGAUCUAAGAACAACACUCAAUAGUAAAAUCCAAUUCCCACUGCGACACAUUCAGUUACAUUGAGUAGGAGAAAUAAAACCUGCCAGAAAGCAGUUCCAUCCUAAAGUGCUGGCUCUUUCUGAAAGCACAUGACCAGGCAAAAUGACCUGAGAUGGCUGAUGGAAUUUAAAGCCAAUCUGAGCAUCACAGUAUUCAUAUCUAAAUAGCAAAUGCAAAUUCGGGGGGGGGGGGCAUAGCAGCAAAAUAGUCACAUGCUGCUCUAUAUAGAACUUCAUGUGUUUCUCACGUUUAGCUCAUAUGAGCAUAUGUAAUAAACAUGGACACAGACCAUUCAUCAUCCUCACUGACAUUUUAUUACUGGGAUUAUUUUAUCAUUCAUGUGUCUCCUCUUAUUGGAAUGGAACAUUCCCCUCACUCUGUGCAAUGCUAUGGGUUCCGUGGAUCAUUGUUUUUUUACAGUGUAACAUUUUACCAAUAAAUAUAUUUUUAGCACAAGAA